AUGAAAAUUUAUAUAGAUGCUUUUAUUUGUGAUUAUUCUGAAUAUAUUUGGUAAUCAGAAAAAAUGAUUUACAAUUUUAUGAAGAUUUUACAUUUUAAAGUUAUAUUGCUUUCAAUUUUUGGAUUUACUAUCAAACAAAAUAUCAUUUAUUAUCUACUCAGGCUUAACCAAUAUUUCAUUAUAAUAAUUAUUCCUUAGAUUUAAAAUAUAAAUCUAAUCAUGUUGUAAUAUUGA